AUGCAUCCACCACCGAUCCAUGAUGUCUCCUCCUCCUCUUCUUCUCCGGCGUCGGAUGCUUCCUCGCCGCUUCUGAACCAAAACCGUCGACCUCUCCCCCGUUCUUCUCGGCCGCUACGUGGCGCAGCGUCGCGGCUUCUCCGCCGCGCUAGCAGUCACCGGAUGAUGCUCCGCGAGUCGUCGGUUCGAGUCCGGGAGACAGCGGCUGAGCAGAUUGAGGAGCGGCAGAGUGAGUGGGCUUACUCGAAACCGGUUAUAGUCUUAGAUGUGCUCUGGAAUCUAGCUUUUGUCUUCGUCACAGUCGCGGUUCUUUGGUUUAGCUCGGUGGAAAAUCCAGAUGUUCCUCUCAGAUUCUGGAUAAUUGGGUAUAGUCUACAGUGUUUGUUUCACGUUGCGUGUGUAAUCGCCGAGUACCGUCGACGCCGACGACAAGUAGAUGAUAAUCCAAACUUAGAUUCAGAUUUCAAUCAAGGAUCUAGCGAAGAAGAAGACGAAUCUGAUGAAUAUGGCGUAGUUGUUGAUGAUCCUGAGAUUGAACUUGGAACUAGUGUUGCUAAGCACCUGGAAUCAACAAAUGCAAUUUUCUCGUUUGUGUGGUGGAUCAUUGGGUUUUACUGGGUCACUGCUGAUUCUGAGGAACUUGCUCAAAGCUCGCCACAACUCUACUGGCUCUGUGUGGCGUUUCUGGCCUUUGAUGUAAUCUUUGUAGUGCUUUGUGUUGUCGUCGCUUGUCUAAUUGGUAUUGCUGUUUGCUGCUGCUUGCCUUGCAUCAUUGCCAUUUUGUACGCUUUAGCAGAUAGAGAAGGAGCAUCAGAUGAGGAAAUAGAGAGGCUUCCGAAAUUCACGUUUCUCACUGUGAGAAGCUCGGAGAAAGUGAAUGGAGAGAUACGAGAAACUCACGGAGGGAUAAUGACUCAGCUUGGUGUUGAUUCUCCAACAGAGCGUGUGUUAUCAAGCGACGAAGCUGAAUGUUGCAUUUGUUUAUGUGACUAUGAAGAUGGAACAGAGCUGAGAGAACUUUCGUGUAGGCACCAUUUCCAUGAAGCUUGCAUAGACAAAUGGCUAAGGAUUAACUCCACUUGCCCUCUCUGCAAAUUCAACAUUCUCAAAACCGGUGAACAAAGUGGGAACGAUGCAGUGUGA